UAUCACGCACGACGUUAGGAGUUCCCUCGCUUACACCGUGAAAACGCCCCUCUACUCUCCUCCUAGCCCUUCCCCGACCGUAAGCCAUCCUUGCCGGCUUGUGCCUGUCUGCUAUCCCAGCCUGCAGGGUUACAUUCUCCUGUGGUAGAGGCAAAAAAAAAAAAAAAAAAAGGCGCUCUGGGGCGGUGGCGGCGUCCGUCUACCAAUUUCCUGCAAUCUCAAUGAUCAGAAUCUGGACUGAAGCUUGACACCCGGACUUGACAGGACAGGACUGCAAUCCAUUUCUAUGACAACAGAGAGGACUUCGGCUGGGGAAAUGAAGAGCGCAAUGGAGGGUGACGCCAGGAGGACCAAUCAGGUUCCCGAGGAUCACGGGGACAUGGAUGAUAGCUCAGAGAAGACCCCCAGCAAAGCCUCCAAAUCCCCCCAGAAAAGCACCAAGAGGCCCAAGACCGUCCCUGUCAAAGUCACUCUCCUGGACGGCUCAGACUACGAGACUGCAGUUGAGAAAUUUGCCAAGGGCCAGACCUUGCUGGACAUGGUGUGUGGCCAUCUGAACCUGCUGGAGAGGGACUACUUUGGCCUGACUUUCCAGGACACAGACAACUCCAAGAACUGGUUGGAUCCCUCCAAAGAGAUUAAGAAGCAAAUUCGAGUUGGUUCCUGGAUUUUUGGAUUUUCUGUCAAGUUCUACCCUCCAGACCCAUCUGUUCUCAUCGAAGACAUCACUAGGUACUACCUGUGCCUGCAGCUGAGGGACGACAUCCUGUCUGGUCGUCUACCCUGCUCGUUUGUCACCCAUGCUCUCCUGGGCUCCUACACCGUCCAGGCCGAACUAGGAGACUACGAGCCCGAAGACCACGGCCCUGACUAUGUUAGCGAUUUCCGCUUUGCCCCCAACCAAACACGAGAGCUGGAGGAGAGAGUGAUGGAGCUCCACCGUAACUACAGGGGAAUGAGUCCGGCAGAGGCUGAGGUGAACUUUCUAGAAAAUGCCAAGAAGCUCUCGAUGUAUGGUGUGGACUUGCAUCAUGCUAAGGAUUCAGAGGGAAUUGACAUAAUGCUUGGGGUGAGCGCCAACGGCCUUCUCAUCUACCGAGACCGCCUCAGGAUCAACCGGUUCGCCUGGCCAAAAAUUCUCAAGAUCUCCUAUAAAAGAAGCAACUUCUACAUCAAGAUCCGCCCCGGAGAGUAUGAACAGUUUGAGAGCACCAUAGGCUUCAAGCUGCCCAACCACCGGGCCUCAAAACGAUUGUGGAAGGUCUGCAUUGAGCACCAUACCUUCUUCAGGCUAGUUUCUCCAGAGCCACCUCCUAAGGGUUUCCUGGUGAUUGGUUCCAAGUUCCGCUACAGCGGGCGAACCCAAGCCCAGACCAGACAGGCCAGCGCUCUGAUUGACAGGCCUGCCCCACAGUUUGAUCGGUCCGUAAGCAAGAGGUACAUGCUGCCUCGAAGCAUUGAUGGAGCCUCGGCUCUUGGCGAUAGCAUGGACCAGCUCUCUCAGCGGAGCUCCAGCGAACGCACGCAGUUCAUGUCCAGGGAAGACCUAGACCAAGAGGGUAGCCUGGAUCUGGACCAUGAUCAGUACCACUAUCAGGACCAAGACCAGGACCAGUACACAGAUCAAGAGCUGGAGCAGCAUGAAGGUCAAGAUCAGAAGCAGACACGGGGCGCCAACAUCUCAACGCCCACCAAGACUUUAGAGCUCAAGAGCGAGGAGGCAGGCUCGCCUGUAGACUCAAAGCCAGAGGAUCUGGCUACCCCUCGGCCCAAACAGGAGCAGUUCCUGGAUAAGCCAGAAGAUGUUAUACAAAAGCACCAGGCCAGCAUCAAUGAGCUGAAGAGGGCUUUGAGGCAGCCUAACAGCAAAAUGGCCCAGAGGGAGAAACGCCUCUCCUCAGCUACUCCUCCCGGAGGAACCCCUGAGCGGAAAUCAGCGACCGGUGAUGGCAAAUUGAUUGACAAGCAGGAUGCUUAUGAAGGAGCACUGGAUACUUACUCUAAAGUGGAAAAGAGUAAGACCUCCUCUAUGGUUAGAAACACAUUUGCGUCUUGGACUGAAGCGAAUAUGAACGAUUGUCAAACACCCUGGGACUCUUUGAGGACUAGACCCGGAGCAUCUCCGAAACAGGAAACAGACUUUACAACAACAGGACUAACAGAUUCAAGCCCCAUGGAUGACACCAUAGCAACUAACAGGCAUCAGGAUUCCGUAUUAGCAAGGAAUGCCAUUCAAGAAAAUGGAUAUGGAUCUCCACCGGACAAACAGAGGAGUGCAACAAACUAUACAGAUGUGAGGCAUCGUCAGUAUGAGCACGAAAUUCGCCGAGAGAGACCAAAGAACUUUGAAAGUCCGGUCGCUGUGGAUUCUCUCCCACAGGACAACAGAGCCAGAAUUGAGAGUGACGCGAGGCACUGUGAGACUUGGAAAAUAAAAGACCGGAGCCCCAUGGGAACGAAGGAUUGGAACAAAACUGGCAACUCACACUCAGAAGUCACCAAAAUAGUCCCUCUCAAGCCACAGCGAUCAAAGAAGUCUUUGAAUAAAGAGAACAAAGGUGUUGUAAACCCUCAAACUCAAAGCCAGUCUGACAGAGGCAUCUCUGCUGCAGCCGGGGAUGUACAGAUGACAAAAUCAAAAGACGGAUCCUGUGAGGCAGGAAGGAGACUGGAUGAUGAUAAUACUGUACUGCAGUCUACCACAGAUGUUUUCAAGGAAAACACAACAGUCACCAAAUACCACAGUGAGGCCGCAAUGUCGUAUCAGCAGCAAACUCAGCUACAUCAACAGAUAAAGAAUGAGUUGUUUGGACAACAGGAGCUAAGAGACUGCAGAGAUGCAACAGGGCAAAGUCAGUGGACAAGAGGAGGAGGCAUGCUAUAUGAAGAUAAUUUUCAAAACAACUCUGAGUUUAAAGAGAAUGUCUUUUCAGGAUCCAAAUUUCCAACAGCUCCCCCCCGAAGUCUCCCUCUGAAAACGCAGUGGUCCCGAGACAGACAGAGCAACAUGGACAACAGCCACAUCCACUACAGGACGCCCAGUCAAGAAACAGCAAAAAGGAAGCAAGCGGAGACACCCCCUACACCUGCUAUUCACGAAGAGCCUCUCAACUGAAGCCUCAGUGAGGAACCAUGGGAGAGACGUCUGGGUUCUGUAUCAGAGGACGAUCAGGACCAUGAGAUCCUGUACUUAAAGGAAACCCACCUAGGCAUUGAACGCAAAUGCUCCAGCAUCACUGUCAGCUCUACAUCCAGCCUGGAGGCCGAAGUCGAUUUCACCGUCCUCACAGACCUGCACACGGGCAUGGAGGAGUUCUCCAGGGGCAUGUCGGAGCUGGGAGAAAGGGAUCUGUCACCAGAUGGGGGUCUGUGCCUGGGCAUCGACUUAGUUCAGCAGCAGGGCCCCUCCGAGCCGUCUCCUCCAUUAGUGUCGGCUCCUCUGUCCAGAGGAGCCAGCAGCAGCCCUCCUGCCAAGCAUAUCCAGACUGAAGAAGUCAGAGCAGAGGUCAAACGGCCCGAUGUUCAGCCUGUAGUUCCCAAAAAACCAAAGAGGUCGGUGCCAGUGUCGUCAGCGGUGGACAGAGAGCAGACGCACAGAGAAGCCGGUCGUGCUCCUGCCGUCACACCGCUGAGCAGGGAGGCCAGCGAUGUCAUGCCAACGCCGGCAGUGAGGAAGACGGACGUCAGGACGGAGACCCAGCCCAAUGGGUCAGAGGUCACCACAACAAUCGUGGAAUUCGCAGAUCAGGAUCACGGCAUUGCUGGCCUGAGCGAAGUUUCAUAUUCUACGAGACAGAGUGUUUCCCCUGUGCACAUGGGCAGUCUUGGAAGAGAGGCAUCAGGAUCACCUAUUCUGGUCACUGAAAAUGUUACCUCGGCAACCACUCAUGUCACCAAGACGGUGAAAGGAGGAUAUUCAGAGACCAGGAUUGAGAAGAGGAUCAUAAUCACUGGAGAUGAUGAUGUAGACCAAGAACAGGCUUUGGCUAUUGCAAUACAGGAGGCCAAGCAGCAGCAUCCAGACAUGCAGGUGACCAAGGCAGUUGUUGUCAGGGAAACUGAAUCAUCCACUGAGGAUCGACACGGUGCAUCAGAGUCCUGAUUUCCUGAGACGAGAGUGCCCCCCUUUGGACCAGAAGUGUCAGUGCCCGACCUGAAAUUGCCACCCACCAUCCCUACUGAUAGACUACUACUGCCAGUGGUGCUCAAAUGGAGCCUCUUGUACAUGUUCACUGAACCAGGACUCCUUUCAGAUCCUUAUUUUUACUCAAGCAUUUCACUGUUGAAAUUGAUUACAUUCAGGAGUGGUUUGGUGGCCAUGCUGCAAACAAACAUCAUUCAUGGUUUAUGAUUGGUCGAACAGUAUGCCACCAGAAUCCUAAACAUCUGGAACAAUUAAAGAGAAAAUCCAACUAAAUUCCCUGCAAAGCUCUCAGGGCCUCUACAUUCAGAACACUUGCUUCAGUAGGCUUCUCCUCAAAGGUCAAAGGGAAUUAGCAAAGAAGGGGUUUGUUUAGAUAAUCUGCGCACUCAUUCACACUGUGGAGUAAUCCAAAGUAACGAGUUAUGUUGGUACCCAUCCUAUGUGGACAGUAUCACUUGGAAAAUUAGGAAAUAUGUGAAAAAAAAUGGCCAUUAACAGAGAAGUGUCUUUUACAUGUCUGUCCUGCUGUUCUCAAUAACAAGAAAUCAUCUGACUUCUGCUGUGUGUGUUGAAGAAACCUACUGUGUGUGCGUAAACUUUGUUAAGAAAUAAGAAAGAAUCCAUUACAUGUAGCUCACAUACUGUUAAAGUAUCCAGUGAAGCAGGGUUUAGUGAGAGAAGAAAUUCAAUGUUUAGUUCCCACUCCUGCUCAGCCAGUCAAAUGAACAAAUGAGCGCUGGCCCACCCCCCAUCACACUGACUGAUGAGGAUGCACUGAUUAGAAAGGAUUGUGCUGUGAGUUUGUUAAGAACCAAAGUCGGAGUUAGUCUGAUCUCCAUACUUCCCUCCAUCUAUCUCACUUUGAAGAUUUGACUUCUGUAAAAUGUAUUUCACCAUGAUGUGUGGGUGGCAAGUGUGGAAGGACGAGAAUCAAGCCGCUGCAUCAUGAUGGACUCUGAUUGGACUUUUCGAGUAUUUCUGCAUAUGUUUCUGGACAUUAGGAGCUGUGAAUACACACAGUGUACCUGUUGUAUUUAUUCAGAUGGUGGCAAUGUAGUUUCUGAGCAUGCUGAUGUUUCAGAGUGAGCCCAGUUUCCUCUCCUUUCCCAGCCUUUUAGACGUGCUUUCAGAAUUCAGCUGGAUAUAAUACCACUAUGGCCAUUUUGUGUAGUAAAUACAUAGAGUAGGCUCACACCCUUGUUCAAGUCGCAGAACGGGCUGCUGCAUCAGUAAAACUAGUAUUUGAGAUAAUAUUUGCAUGAUAAUUUCUUGCAUUAUUGGAUUGAUAUGGACGUGAGCUGAUAAGAAGGAUGGAUCGCGAUAUUCAGGAUCAUCACGAAGGAAAUGGCAUGAAAAAUUACAAAGAUGUAAAGGCAGAAUUAUUCACAAUCUGACAUUAAAUCUGAGCUCUGACAUGUAAAAAAAGGAAAUUAAGCUUCCUGACAGGAAAUGAAGAAUAUUCAUCAGAAAAAGUGGGAAAUAUCAAGCACACAAUGCGUCAGGUUGUUUGUUAAUCCCCACAUCCAAUGACCUUUUUAACAAUUUCAUCUCAUUUCCAGCCUCUGGUGCUGUUUAAUAUAUCUUUACAUAUCAGUUUGCUUUUAAUUAAAUGUCCCCAUAAAGGAACACAGAGUAGGUCUGUUGUGCCUAUAUUCAGUUGUGGUGACUGAUGUUUUUCAUAGCUGUUUAUUCUACAACAAAUUGUCCUCAUUUUUUUAAGAUUCUCUGCUGAAAUAGUAUUAUGCAUCAGAGCCCUUCCAAUACUCUUUCAGACAAACUACAGUGUUAUGAAUACAUAAAAUAUACAGUAGGGGCAGCAUCUUUGAACUUUUAGUUGUGUGUGAUUUGGUAUAUGAAUGUUAGAAGGAUUGCCAUAGACAUGUAGUGUGCCAAUUAAGGUAGCAGUCAAAUUGUACAAACUCUGAUUUUGUAUGAAAUAACUUUAUAUGAACAAGCUACUUUUAAUUACACAAGUGCCAGAAAGUCAAAAGCAUAAACACGACAUGGCAAAGUUUUCCUUUAAUUAUGGUAUCCUUAAUAUUACCUGCAAAAUUUCUGUCUCCUUGCAAAAGUCUUUUUUUAAACGCACAAGUCAUGUAUUUAAAUCAAAUACAGGCAGCAGCUAAAUCAUUCAAUUGAGAAAACACAACAUUAAAAAACUGUCAUGUCAGGUUUAUGAAAAUAUUACCGAGGUGUAACUUUGGCUUUCAGACACUAAACUUUACACUUUUCACAUGCGUAGUGUAACUCCUGUUGUGUUUCAUAUUUUGGUUAUCUCAUGGACUUGGGUGUCAAACUGGAAGGUGCGAAAAAAAAAUAAUGCAGCCAUGCAUACCUCGUACUGUAUAUUUCGGUGGCGUUUGGUGGAUUGUGAAGAUGUCAAGUAGUUAAUGGCCAUGGGUUUCAUGUACACUAGGGGGCAUCAGUUACCUAUAAGAAGAGAGCUUUGCAACAACAUCAAGCAUACACAACUGAAAUCUUCCUCACUAUCGCUCGCUAGAGGCAAAAUUAUCCAAAUCAUCCUCGGAUCAACCUGAAAGGUUAAACUUACCUCCCUCUGUCCAGAAAAGGCCUGCUCAUGGAAGUCUGACAAGUAAUAACCAGACCGCAAUUAAUGGCAGACACCUGGUGCCGAAGUCUGAUUGGACGACCUCUGGCUGACCCUUAAACUCUAGCCCACUCCUCUUUGUACAGAGCCCUCCUGCUCCUCCUCCUCCUCCUCCACAGCAGCUUCAUCUCCUCUGCUCUGCUGCUCUCCAUUGCUUGGUGCUGUGUCUUUGCUGUACAUUGUACUUGCGUUCCUUCGAAAUGAAUAAAAGGAGAGAGAGGGAAAAAAAAGAAGAUGAGAGGGGAAUCUCUCUGUUUGAUCUCUACCACGAAUCUAUGUUUGUCUUAUUACAGCUGGUAUGUGCAUAUUUGUCCUCUAGACCCAAUAAUGAAGUACGGCUACUGUAUUUUUCAAUAUUGAAAAAGCAACAAUGUAGUAUAAAGUGAGGUUUUAGGUUACUCACUUCAUAGUAGUUGUGUGUUUUGUAUCGUGUGCAGAUGGUUUUAGGGAAGAAAAAUAAUUUAUCAAUAGAUUUUAGAUGACUGCCAAAAGUUGAUUAAUAAAUAAGCAAAUAAAAGGUUGAUUGUAGUGUUGUAAAAUAUGGUGCUUGUUUAAGUACUACUUAUUCCAAGUAAGCAGUAGUUCAGAUGCUGUAAAUGCAUCCUACAGCCGAUAUAAAGCGUGUAACCCAAUUUGCAAUAAAACUAACACAAGCAA